CCCAUGUUUUGUGCUGUGGGGAUUGUCUGUUACAGGAACUACAAUACCCAGCAUUCCCGGCUGAGCGUCAGUGAGUGCUUGUCCUGUAGGGAGCGUCACCAGCCUUCUAUUUUAUGGGGCCCCCAGGAGGUUUUCUCCGGAUCGCGGCCCCUACGUGUGGGAUAUUAUGAGACGGAUGGCUCCACCAUGGCCACGCCCUCCAUGAGCCGCGCGGUGCGGCAGACCCGGGACCUCCUGCAGAAGGCCGGACACCAGCUCGUGCCCUUCACCCCACCCUCCCUGGAAUCGGCGCUCUUCGGCCUCGUCAUGCGGGGGCUCCUGGCGGACAGAGGGGCCACGUUUCUGGAUAACUUCAAAGGAGAUGAAGUGGAUCCCAACCUGAGGACCCAGGUGACCACCUACAGCUGCCCCUCCUGGCUGAAGAGCUUACUAUCCAUGCUGGUCCGACCACUGUUUCCAAGACUCUCGAUGGUUCUUGAGACAACGCAGGGAAUAAGGUGAGACCCUCAGUGCGAUGUAAGGUCCUCGGGGGAUUCAUUGAGAUUACACAAAUUUAUUACAAGGGGCGUCCGCUAAAAUGUACAAGAACGAAACAAAUCCGGGCAGCAGAGACAUGUUCACAGGUCUGUAUACACUGAUACACUGUAACGAGGCCUCAGCUGUGUGAACAGGACAUAUCCGGGCAGUAGAGACGUGUUCACAGGUCUGUAUACACUGAUACACUGUAACGAGGCCUCAGCUGUGUGAACAGGACAUAUCC